AAAAGAACAAAAAAAAAAACACAAAGACUCUCUCUUGCAACACAAGCAAAGAGUCUUGAGACACAAGAAACCAAAAAAAAAUGCUUGAAACCGUAGCAAUAUGGGGAAUAACCGGCAAGACGGUGACGAGCAUUAUCCUCAUAUGGGCGAUGUACUCACAAUACAUCCCUCGCCACGUCAGAUCUCACGUGGAGAGAUACGCCUACAAGCUCCUCGGAUGGAUCUCAUUCCACGUCCACAUAAAGUUCACCGAGUACACAGAAGAAGGUCUCAAGAGAAGCGAGAACUACGACGCUAUACGCAACUAUCUAUCCACAAAUACAGCUGCUCGUGCGCAGAGGCUAAAGGCUAACGAGUCCAAAAACAGCAAGUCUGUUGUGCUAAGUAUGGAUGAUCACGAGGAAGUUGAAGAUGUGUUCCAUGGUGUGAAGGUGAAGUGGUACUCCAACGUGAAAGUGACUGAAACACAAUCUAACUACGGUCGGAACAACACGUAUGAAAGAAGGUUCUUUACGCUUACUUUCCAUAGAAGACACAGAGGGAUGAUCCUUGAGAGUUAUAUUAAUCAUGUUUUGAGAGAAGGGAAAGCUAUUGGUGUGAGGAACAGAGAGAGGAAGUUGUAUACUAACAACUCAAGCUCAGAGUGGUAUCCAUGGAUGUCAGGGAAGUGGAGUAAUGUUCCUUUUCAUCAUCCGGCGACGUUCGAGACUUUAGCUAUGGAUCCUGAGAAGAAAGAAGGGAUUAAGAAGGAUUUGGUGAAGUUUAGUAAAGGGAAAGAUUAUUACAAGAAGGUUGGGAAGGCGUGGAAGAGAGGUUAUCUCUUGUUUGGUCCUCCAGGGACAGGGAAGUCAACGAUGAUAUCUGCAAUAGCUAACUUCUUGGACUAUGAUGUGUAUGAUCUUGAGUUAACGACGGUUAAGGAUAACUCAGAGCUGAAGAAGCUGUUGCUUGAUACCAAAAGUAAGUCUAUUGUUGUGAUUGAAGAUAUUGAUUGUUCUCUUGAUCUCACGGGUCAGAGAAAGACAAAAAAGGAGGAGGAUGAAGAGGAGGACAAGGAGAAGAAGAAGGAGAAGAAGAAAGAAGAUGAGAAAAAGAGUAAGGUUACUCUCUCAGGGCUAUUAAACUCCAUUGAUGGGUUAUGGUCAGCUUGUAGUGAUGAGAAGAUUGUUAUAUUCACUACAAAUUUUGUGGAUAAGCUUGAUCCUGCAUUGAUAAGGAGAGGGAGAAUGGACAAACAUAUUGAGAUGUCUUAUUGUAGGUUUGAAGCGUUCAAGGUUUUGGCUAAGAACUACUUAGAGAUUGAGUCACAUGAGUUGUAUGGAGAGAUUGAGAGGUUGCUUGAGGAAACAGACAUGUCUCCUGCUGAUGUUGCUGAGAGUUUGAUGCCUAAAUCUGAUGAAGAAGAUGCAGAUGUUUGUAUCAAGCGUUUGGUCAAGACUGUGGAGGAGGAGAAGGAGAAGGCAAGGAAGUUGGCUGAGGAAGCAGAGAAGGAAGAGAAGAGGAAGAAGAAGAAAGAAGAGGAAGCAGAGAAGAAGAAGAAAGUUGAAAAUGGUGACCUAUCUGAGAACAAUGGUACCAAUUAAAAAGAUAUAAGGAAAAUAAGUGAGGCCUGUUGUAUAUUUUUAUUUAUUUGUGUGUUAUGUGUAAUGAAUAAGGUUGUUCUAUUAGGCCAUCUUAAGUAUACAUUUGAUUGUUUUAUUAGGCCAUCUUAAGUAUAUAUUUGAUUGUUCUAUAAGGCCAUCUCAAGUACAUAUUUGAUUGUUCUAUUAGGCCAUAAGUAUCUAUUAAGGUUGUUCUAAUGUUUUCGAGUCACAUAUA